AUGGAAAGAGCCUUCCAGGUGUGCAGGAACUGCAAAAGAAGCAUGGCCUCUGCCCACUUUGCCCUCCAUGAGGCCCACUGCCUGCAGUUCCUGGUCAUAUGCCCAGAGUGUGAGGAGCCCAUCCCCAGGGUGAAGAUGGAGGAGCACUGCAGGGACAAGCACCAGCAGGCUGGGUGUGCAAUGUGUCAGCAAAGCAUGCAGAAGCCCUUGCUGGAAUUUCAUGAAGCCAAGAAAUUCCAGGAGCGCCCCACUGAGUGUCAGUUCUGCGACCUGGCUGUGCAGCUCAACAAGCUGAAGGUCCACGAGUCCUACUGUGGCAAACAGACAGAGUUCUGCCCAGACUGUGGCCUGUACAUCAUGCUCCGAGUGCUGGCCCAGCACAAAAAUGUCUGUCAGAGCAAAGAGGCCUGGCUCGGGAAAGGAGAAAGAAUGUCAACUCCUGAAACAAAAAUCUACUGUUCUUAUUGCAAGCAAAUUAUUCCAGGAAACAAGUAUGCCCACCAUAUGGAUGAAUGUUGCCCAAACUCAGAGUCUGAGAAACAUUUUCCAAUCGGAAAGCCAGAAAUUCCUCCUCCAUCUCUAACAAGCCAGGCUGCUGAAAAUCAAACUUCCACGGUGGAGACAGAUGUCCAUCCAAAGAUAAUAUAUAAAAACAGAUUUUCUUUUUCUCAAAGUCCAUUAAACACAGCACUAAAUGGCAAAAACAAAACCAUCAACCCAUUUUUGAAGUCUGAGCUCAAUCCCAGGACCACAUCUCUUAUAGAAGAUGAGGCAGCCUAUGACAUUCUGAGGAGAUGUUCUCAGUGUGGUAUCCUACUUCCCCUGCCAACCCUAAAUCGUCAUCAGGAGAAAUGCUGGUGGUUAGCUUCGUCGAAAGGAAAACAAGUGAGAAAUUCCAGCUAGAUUUGGAAAAGAAAAGGUACUACAAAUUUAGAUUUCAUUUUAUACUGGCUUUCCUGCUUUCUUGCUGUGGUGGUCUUGUGAAAAGAGAUGGGUUUUAUUGACUGGGCUUUAAAAGAAAAGGAUUGG